CGCCGCGCCCUGACGGCCAUCCACGACAAGGACGUCCGCUUCGUGCUCGGCCUCUUCGACAUCCCAAACGCAGUCGCGGCGGAGUUCUUCCGCGACUGCGGAGCUCCAAACACGCAGCCGAUAGCGGUCUUCCACCAAGCGGGAAUACACUUCCAGCGAGUGGCCGAGCACCAGCUCGUGACACACCAGAACUGGGUCGUGCCGCUUGGAGAGUGCGAAGUCCGAGUGGCAACCUACCAAGAGCGCGUUGCCCCGCCUCUGCCACGCUGGCUGACGAGGACCAACACCUCCGCCAUCUCAUCGGCAUGGGACACGGUCCCCAACAUGCCACAGUGGCAGGAAGAUGCAAACCGCAAUCGCGGGAUACAGCAUCAGUUGAGCUGGGAGACCCACUCGCAGCACCACAAGGAAGGCACCCACCAGAACUACAUCUUCAUCGGCCACGGGCGCCAGGGCCAGAACGCCGCGGAAAGGCAGCGCACCAAGCCCCACAGGAAGAAGGACGACAGGAAGAAGGACGACUGGAAGAGGGACGCCUGGAAGAAGGACGUCGAUCUCCGCGACCUGCGAGCCUCAAGCGCAGCGGCGCAGUGA